AUGUGCCAGGCUAGAAGAAAUUAUCCAGUUGGUGUUUUUUCCAAGAAUACCAACUGUGCUGUGUGAGUGUGUGCGGCUUAUUGCAGCAAUUGCUAUUUGUUUCCUGUUGUAGAUGAAGCUGGAGGUGAAAGACAUGAAGAAGUUGUUGGAGAUGCAAGAAGCUCGUGUCAGAAUUUUUUCUAUUCAGAUCAGAAUUGAUCUAAUUUUAUUUAG